GGGGGUCUUGUGGGAACUGGCCUCUGGGGAACAGUGGCUCCCUUCCUGGUACCCCUCCUCCUCAAGGCCAGAGGCAGGGUCCUGCCCCUGAUCUUGCUUUGCUGAUGUCUGUAGUGUGAGGAGGUGGGGAGGGGUCUCCUGCCUUGGAAGAUGCUUCUUUGACACGCUCAGAAACCUUGGGGGCCACUGUCUGAGCCUGCAUAGCGGCGAGACCCGUCUCCCCAGGAGAGAUUGCGCGCAGGCAGGGCGCCUGCGGCCGUGGCCUUGGCCUCUCAGUGAGGCCGUGGGUACUGACCAGUGUACCCCCCUUCCUGCCUUUCUUCUUUCAUCUUCACCUCCUUUCUUCCUUCCCGUGGAAAGUAAAGUUGCAGGAGUUACAAGGAGCUCCUCAAUUUUCUCAAAUUACCAGCUGUUUACAUUCUGCUCCUUCGGUUCUUUCUGACAGUCAGUUCAUCUGUCUACACACAUAUCCACACGUUUUGUUCCUCAACCAUUUGAGAGUGAGUGGAAGACAUGAAGCCCUUUGAUAUGCCCCGCGUGCUUCGGUGUGUGUCCAAAGAAUAAGGACAUUCUCUUAUGUGACCGCAGCAUGACCUCAAAAUCAGGGAAUUUAACAUUGAUACGACAUUGUAUUCCAGUCCACAGUCCAUAUUCAACUUACAGUUGUCCAAAUGAUGUCCUUUACCUAUAUGUGCAUUUUUUUUGGGGGGGGUCCAGUUUUCUAUCUCAGAAGCCUCUUUAAGAAAAAAUGUUUCUAAAAGAAUAUGCAUCGUGAAAAAUUUGGAAAGUACAGAAAAGGAAAAGAAGGAGGAAAUAAAUACCACCUGUAAUUCCUGCGCCCCCUCAGGGUGGGUCUGGGGGGCCCCCGUCAGCUUGGAGGGCUGCAGGGGGUGGUGACGGGGCCCCCCAGACCCGCCCGGAGCCCGCAGGGCGGGAGCUCCUAGCGAGGCCCCGGGCGGCGGGAGAGGCGGGCGCCCUGUCUGGACGGCUUUCCGCCCCUGCCCACCGCCUGGGCGCUUGCCCACUUGAGCUGGCGAACUUAACCCCUCAGGGUGGGGAAGGGUGGAGAUCCACCCAGAACUUGUUCAGGACUUGAAAAGAAGUGUUGCAGGUCCUCUCUUGUCUGACAUAUACCCCGGGCUUCCUAGACUAAGUGGAGGGUAGGGAUGGGCCUGGGCCCUGAUGGGGAGAAAGGCCCCAGCCCCUUGGAGACCAGCUCGUGGUUGUUUCACAGGCUGUGGAACCUCUGGGCCCCUACGGGUGGGCCAGUGGGGAAAGGAAGAGGAAUUCUAAGCUGUGAAGUUUGCUUCUUAUUAGCGACUGCGCUGCCCACAAGUUCCCGAGGGAAGGUUUCAGCCUGUGGCAUGAAGCGUGUGGACCUUGCUUACGAGUUUCACUUCUCAAAGCCACCGUCCCCCUUGUCAUCACCAGCAGCAUCUGAGGGGCUGCAUUAUCUCCUGGCCUGGAUGGGGUCUUCACCGAGGGCGGCUGGUUCCUGGACCGGUUUUGUGACUACGUUGUCCAUGGAACCCCAUCGUUUGUACCUCAGUUUCCCUGAGCUGUGAAAUCUACGCCGUAUGUGGAAAGGGGCCUCUGAAGGUCAUGAUCAAAAGCCCCAAGUAUUUUUCCAUGUGUUUGUUUUUUCUUCUCCUGCACCAGACCUUCUCCUUGAAGGAGCUGGCCCGGGGAGGGACCACCGUGGGCAGCCGCCCAGGCUCUGCGCACCCUGCUGGGGCCACGGAACCCCUAACCUGGCCAGGCCAGGACUGGAGGCUGCUCUUCAAAGAAACCCUUUGAAGUGCAAACAUUUCCUUUCCUGAAAAGAAGGGAAAUUGAAAUGAAAACGUAUUGUUCUGUGCAGACAAUGUUCUCUUGGAUCAAAGAGGGAGUGGGGCUUAUAAAGGGAGAUUCACAAAUGAGGCCUUAACGUGGCCCACGGGGAGGGUGUGACUGUGCUCCUGUCCACGGCCCGGGGUCUGUGAUCCACGGAGCCUGAAGCCUCAUCUCGUCCCUCCUGAGACGUCUGAGCUCCAGUCCAGGACCCAAGGCUCCCCGGGUGCCGGGGUGACCAGUCUUCACGCCACAGUCCAGGUUCGAGCCGCAGAAUGGGGUGCACAGUGCUGGUCAGCAUCGGGCAGCAGAUGCUGCGGCGGAAGGUGGUGGACUGCAGCCGGGAGGAGAGCCGGCUGUCCCGCUGCUUGAACACUUUCGACCUGGUGGCGCUGGGGGUGGGCAGUACGCUGGGGGCCGGCGUCUACGUCCUGGCGGGAGCCGUGGCCCGGGAGGACGCUGGCCCCGCCAUCGUCAUCUCCUUCCUGAUUGCCGCGCUGGCCUCGGUGCUGGCCGGCCUCUGCUACGGUGAGUUCGGCGCCCGGGUCCCCAAGACGGGCUCGGCCUACCUCUACAGCUACGUCACCGUGGGCGAGCUCUGGGCCUUCGUCACCGGCUGGAACCUCAUCCUCUCCUACAUCAUCGGUACCUCCAGCGUUGCCAGAGCCUGGAGCGCCACGUUUGACGAGCUGAUCGGCAAGCCCAUCGGGGAGUUCUCGCGGACGCACAUGGCCCUGCAUGCCCCCGGGGUGCUGGCCGAGAACCCAGACAUAUUUGCUGUGAUUAUAAUUCUCAUCCUAACAGGGCUUUUAACUCUGGGUGUGAAAGAGUCAGCCAUGGUCAAUAAAAUAUUCACAUGUGUCAACGUUCUGGUCCUGGGCUUCAUCAUGGUGUCGGGGUUUGUGAAAGGAUCCGUUAAAAACUGGCAGCUCACGGAGGAGGAUUUCCGGAAUGCGUCCAGUCAUCUCUGCUUGAACAAUGACACGAAGGUGGGGAAUCCAGGUGUCGGUGGAUUCAUGCCCUUCGGGUUCUCUGGUGUCCUAUCGGGGGCGGCCACCUGCUUCUACGCCUUCGUGGGCUUCGACUGCAUCGCGACCACAGGGGAGGAGGUCAAGAACCCCCAGAAGGCCAUCCCCGUGGGCAUCGUGGCGUCCCUGCUCAUCUGCUUCGUCGCCUACUUCGGGGUGUCGGCCGCCCUCACACUCAUGAUGCCAUACUUCUGUCUGGACAAGGACAGCCCCCUGCCCGACGCCUUCAAGCACGUGGGCUGGGAGGGCGCCAAGUACGCGGUGGCCGUCGGCUCCCUCUGCGCCCUUUCCACCAGUCUUUUAGGCUCCAUGUUUCCCAUGCCUCGAGUUAUCUAUGCCAUGGCUGAAGAUGGGCUGCUAUUUAAAUUUCUGGCCAAAAUCAACAAUAGAACCAAAACACCGAUAAUCGCCACAUUAACCUCAGGUGCCAUUGCUGCUGUGAUGGCCUUCCUCUUCGACCUGAAGGACCUGGUGGACCUCAUGUCCAUCGGCACCCUCCUGGCUUACUCUCUGGUGGCUGCGUGCGUGUUGGUCUUGCGGUACCAGCCAGAGCAGCCUAACAUGGUGUACCAGAUGGCCAGAACCACCGAAGAGCUGGACCAGGCUGACCAGAACGAGCUGGUCAGCACCAGCGACUCCCAGACCGGCUUUUUACCAGAAGCAGAAAAGUUUUCUUUGAAAACUGUGCUUUCGCCCAAAAAUACAGACCCUUCCAAAUUCUCAGGUCUCAUUGUAAACAUCUCAACCAGCCUCAUAGCGAUUCUGAUCCUCACCUUCUGCAUGGUGGCCGUGCUGGGAAAGGAGGCUCUGACGAAGGGGGAGCUGUGGGCAGUCUUUGCGCUCAUGGGCUCUGCCUUCCUCUGCUCAGUCGUCACGGCCAUCAUCUGGCGGCAGCCUGAGAGCAAGACCAAGCUGUCGUUUAAGGUGCCCUUCUUGCCGGUACUCCCCGUCCUGAGCAUCUUUGUGAACAUCUAUCUCAUGAUGCAGCUGGACCAAGGCACAUGGGUGCGGUUUGCCGUGUGGAUGCUCAUCGGCUUCUUCAUCUACUUUGGCUACGGGGUCUGGCACAGCGAGGAGGCGUCCCUGGCUGCUGACCAAGCAAGGACUCCUGAUGGUAACUUGGACCAUUGCAAGUGACACCCAGCCCCGCCCCCGGAGGUGGCAGCAGCCCUGGGGGACGCCCUCAGAGGCCCCGGAAGCACCUGGCUCCCCUCACCUGCGUUCCAGGACCCACCCACACUCACCAAGCCCCCUGCAGCAGACCAUGCAGCUACUGGGCCUGCAGCUGCAGCCCCCAGCUCGUGCGUCCUGCUCAGGCCGGCCCUCCCAGGCCCCGGUCACCCGGCAGCUCCCCGGCGGGGGCCGCGUGGCUGUGGCUGACCACCAUGUCUCCAAACCCUGCUCUGAACAAAGGGAGCAGCCCCUCUCCUCGCCAGCUUGGCAACCCUGCUGCUGCGGCCUCCGGCACAGUGGAGGUCACCAACUCUCAUCACCUUAGGAGUCCAGGCCUCCCCUUCCAGGGACUCUUCUGGAAUUGACAGUGUGCAUACUCCAGACUUGUAGUCCCCACCUCCCUGCUCGGCCCCACACAGCCAGCCCUCGUGCAGGAGGAGCACCACGAAUCAGUAUGUCCCCAGCCACGCCACCCCUGGACCAAAGGACAGCGGGUUGGUUUAGUUUACGCGGAAAGGAAAACCUAGACUGUUUGCUUCUCCCGUUCCUGCCCUCUGAGUUGCCUCCACGGGCGUCCUUAGGACUGUGACCGCCCCCUCACCUUCCAGGCAGGGCCUUUGCUCUGUCACCGUGACAGACUGGGCACCCUGCACACUCUGGCGGCAGGGCAGACCACGCAUGGGACAGGCGGUGGCCGGGAGGGCUGGCUCUGCCUGGCAUCUGUGCGUGGGGACCUCUUUCUGCCACGGUCCCUCCAGGCCCGGGGCCGGUUCUCACUGCUGGCUGGGUCCUAAGCAACUGGAAGUCCACAAGUUUAUGUUGGACCCACCUCAGAUCACGGAGCUUAGAGCCCCACUCUCUCUGGUCUUUGCUCUGCACCAAGUCCUGCCUUUGCUGCGUGUGGGUCAGUUUCUUGGAUCCUGUAAGGUUCUUGAGGUGGCAUCUGCUCUUUCUGAGUGAUGGCCUGGGUCCUCCCAGCUGCUUCUGGCCGCCGACAGCAUCUCUGACCACCUCUUAUGGCCACCUCUUAUCAGAUGGAGUCCUCUUGUUAGUUGCUGUGAAUCACUCCACCAAAUUCAGUUGGUGCUGAGCAUUGACUUGGAAAGAGGCUGAGUAAUUUAUCCCUUGUUCUUCAGGGCGUGGGGUCUGCACGAGGCAGUGUGGGCUCAUACUUCUGGGCCUCGUGUGUGUGUCAUCCAGAUGCUGUGGGUUUGUAUACGGGUUGGUAACCUGCCCCGGACCCCCCUGCCUCCAGGUCUCAGCCUGUGGGGCACCGGUGUCUCUGGGCACACGCACUCCCUCCCGCAGCCCCAGGACAUUCCUUGUGGACAGGCUGAGCUUUCUGUCCUGCGAGAGUGUAAUUCAGGGGAUGGAAGGGCCCAUGCUGGCCAGAGGUGCUGGGCAGGCAUUUGGACACCAUGGAAAAUGUAAAUGCUGCUUUGAAGCAUAGAUUUCCCUCUCUCCCCUGCUGGCCUUUGUCCCAAAUCUGGUAGAAAAAAGCCUGAUAAACUGAUGACACUUGGCUUCUCUCCCUCUGCCCCUGAAGGUUCUUGGAGAAAAAUGCAAAAACGAGUGAAGGGGCCCCACGGCUGGGGUGGCGGGGGUGGGCAGGCCAGGCUGGCCCUCCGUCCCAGACUCCGGCCAUCCUGGUCAGUCGUGGAAGCUUCAUUCUUAAUAUCAUUUGUGAAUCUUCCAGAGGGAGGAUUGUUAAGAGCCCAAAGCUCGGACUUCCAAAGAAAGGUAUUUAAAUUUAUGUAGAUUGGUGCUGUACAAUAUUUUGAUAAAUAUUAACUUAUUUUGUUGGGGUUUCGUUGUCUGCUGUCUGCUUGGGGCCUGUUAGCUGUGUGUCUGACUUGUCUGCAGUCUUUCCGCAGAGGCAGAGAGCGUGAGGGAAGGAGGGCGUCCAGGACAGGGGGACAGGUGCUUUUGUGACUUUCUCUUUCUGGCUGAAAUGUCUUUGCAUGGCAGCCCCCGGCAGACUCUGUACAGUGGGCAUUGCAGCAACACGUGUUGCUCUGCAGCCGAGAAGGUGUGUCUCAGCAUCUCAAGGGAUGAGCACGUCCCGACAGACGGGUCUCCUCCGUCACCCAGAGCCGCCAGGUGCCCCACAGAAGGGCCCAGGGGGCGUCAGGAGAAGCCCUGCAACUUCCCCGCCAGGCAGGAGCCCCCCUUGGAAGGGGCACCAGGGCGAUGUGAUCGGCACAGGAGCUGGUGUUCCAGCUGAGAGCGGCUGUCAUAUAGUCGCCUGGGGUUUCCUCUCCUGUGUGGGGGUCAGUGUUGCCAGGAAUGGUGUCUGGGGGGUGCCUCCCAGUGUCAGUAGACUUUCUUACCACACGCCCCUCCUUCCUGCCCCCGAGAUGGACACACACGCACAUACACAGACAACACACACACACACACACAGGCAAAAAUAACCACCAGAAGUGCUGACAGUUUCACAUCUCAGCCCCCCCCCCACCCCGACACCCCACAGACCAGAGUAUGGUUCUCAGUUUCAUGGCCCGGCCACGUGUUCCUGCUCAGUCAGAAAUUUCCCCUUUCUCAAGACACACCUGCUGGGGAUAGUGUGUCUGCUUUUCUCUGCGCCAGCCCCAGGUCGCCACGUUGGAAAGACCCAUUGGUGAUGAGUAAGUGUCCCGUCCUGCCGCCGAUGGCCUUGUGAAAACCCACAAAGAAGCAAAUGGCGGGGCCCUCAGGACCUGUGCUGAGGAGUGAGGGGGGGCGGGGGCCUCCGUGGAGACACAAGCCCCCAGGCGGGGGCGAGGACCUUCGGUGCGCACUCAGGCCUCUGCACGGCCCCCAACCCACCUGCUCACACCCCCUCUGCCUGGCUUUGGGCUGAGCUGUUUUUCCAAGCUCAGAGGAGGGGCGAUAGAGCCAUCUUUCCAGGCCGUUUUGGAGAGGUUGCUGUUUAUACCAUUGCCAGGAUCACUCAUGUCCCCCACCCUCACCUCCAUCAGGUGAUCGGCCACCUGGCCCCUGUGGUUUGGACACCACCAGCCUCCUGCCCACUGUGUGCACAGGUGACUGCGGCACCCUGGGGGCUUCUCUGCCCGCCCUGGGCCCCUUGCACUGUGUGCUUGUGGGUCGGAGGGCGGGUGGGAACCAGGUCUGUACCGGGUCUCGCCGCCACCCCGCCCCGCCAAGCCGGCAAUGACUGGACUGGGGCUUGCCGUCUCGCCUAGAAUGACCUCUAGCCUAACCCCAGAGCCAGCGCUCUGAGCGUGGGGUGGGGGAGGAGUUCCUGGGUGUGGGCAUGUCUCCUAAAAGCCCCACCCAGACUGCAGGGGAGCCCAUGGGCAUUUUGGGGGUCUUGCUGCUGCAGAAAACUUGCUGACUCCCCGCCAAGACCCGUCUUUCCGGGUCUGAAUGUCCCACUUGGACACGUUGACUCAGAGCCCAUUGUUCUGUUGGCACCAUGAGGACAGAGUGAGGGGUCUCUGGGCCGGGCCCCCUCCCCGCGCGUUCUGGGAGGAAUGGGGAGGUGUGACUCUGGGCGCAGGCGUGUGACGCUUGUGUGCGAACUCUUACAGAGUUAGCUGAUCCUAGUGGACCUAAAUAUAUGUUGUGUAUAAAUGUUAUGUAUAAUUUAAAAUAUAUCUGUCUUCCCUCAUAAUGAGAGUGUGAGAUAUAAGGCCCCUUAGUGGGGGAACAAGAUGUACAUUUUGUCAGACUCUUCUGGACUCUCUUUGGUAAUGAAAUGCUUUAUUGAUCCGGUGGUGCAAGAAGCUACUACGUACACUCCGUCGUAUCUCAUCACCGUGGUUACGAUGCCUGUUGGGCGGUUUAGGCAAAAGAAGUCAGCUGACCUUCCUGUUCACUACAUGCCCCAGUCUUCGUGUGCCUGCUGCCUCACUGAGUGGCAGUGCUCUUUCAAGAGGGAGCUGGACCAGUCAAGGGUCUUGGGGUGCAGUUCUCAGGAGCCCCCUGGAUCACCCUACAAACAUGUUGAACUGCCGGCUGCAAAAAUCCCCAUGAGACGAAAAACUGUGGCUUGAAGUCCAGCUCGGAUUUCUCAGGGUCAGGGAGCAGGGCUGGGAAGAUGCAUUCAGACUUUGUUAAAUUAUUAACAAGGUAUGUAUAAUGAUUUUGUGUUUCUUGAUGAUAAACUUUUUAAGUUUGGGACUUAUUUUCCCAUUUGGAAGUUAUAAUAUAUAUUUAAAAUAAGUUUCCUGCUUAAGUUGUGCCUUUCAGCAUUGCUGGGUUUGAGGAGCACAGAGGGUGACGAUCGUAAUGAGGGUUGGUUUACUGUCAAACGUGAAUAGCUGUGGUUUCUCCAGUACACUUCUACUGAAAGUGGAGCCAUUGUGAAAAGACCAGAGCGUUUUUUAUUACGUAAAUUGUACAAUAUUUUUUGCUUGUUUGAGGUUCUAUUUUUCUAAUAGUUUUCUUAUAGUUUCUUAUAAUUGUGAUACUAGAUUUAGAUUCUGACACUAACUGCAAAUCAGAUUGGCCCCUGCUGGUUUCCCCCGUUUUUAUUUUAAGGACAAGCGUAGAUGUCCGUCAUCUUUAAAAAAAAUGUGAAAUUCGGCUCUGUAUCCCAUUUUCGCUGACAACUCUGUACACUGAUACCGUACUUCAUGUUGUAAAGCCAGACUGUUUUGUGGUACAUUCUCCCAUGCUUCUGCAAAUCCUAAUAAAUUCCGUCAAAGGCU